CGCGGGGAAGGAUUCUUCUCCCGGUCGUCGGCUUCCCAUUGAUCACCAUGUACGGUUUUGUGAAUUACGCCCUCGAGCUGCUGGUUGUGAAGACCUUUGACAGCGAGACAUGGGAGGCGAUAAAGAAAGAUGCAGCAGUUAAUAUGGAUGGCCAGUUUCUGGUGCGCCAGAUCUACGAUGACGAGAUUACGUACAACAUUAUAUCGGCUGCUGUCAACAAACUCAACAUCCCGGCCAACGAGAUUCUGGAGCUGUUCGGCCGGAUGUUCUUCGAGUUCUGCCAGGAUUCCGGCUACGACAAAAUCCUGCAGGUGCUCGGCGCAACGCCCAGGGACUUCUUGCAGAAUUUGGACGCCCUUCACGAUCAUUUAGGCACUUUGUACCCGGGAAUGAGGGCGCCCUCUUUCCGAUGCACCGAGAGACCGGAGGAUGGGGCGCUCAUAUUGCAUUAUUACUCCGAUCGACCUGGUUUGGAGCACAUCGUCAUUGGCAUCGUUAAGACCGUGGCAAAGAAGCUCCACGGAACGGACAUAGAGAUGCGUAUAUUGAAGACGAAAAAUGAGUGCGAUCACGUGCAAUUUCUGAUAACGAACACCUCCGGCCCGGGUGUAGUUUCGAAUCCUAUGAUCGCCGAAUUGGAGACACUGUCCGUGGAACCGAAAGUCAGCCCCAUGACGUUCUGCCGAGUUUUCCCAUUCCAUCUGAUGUUCAACAGAGACCUCUACAUAGUUCAAACUGGAUGCACCAUAACUCGCGUUAUUCCCCAAGUGUGCACCGGUAACUGCAAGCUGAACGACAUCCUUCUGCCGAUCAGACCACACUUGGAGCUGACAUUCGAGAACAUACUGUCCCACAUAAACACCGUAUACGUGCUUCGAACGAAGAAAGGAGUGAUGCGGGUGAACGCGUCCGAGGAGUACUCGUAUCUACGCUUGAAAGGACAAAUGUUGUACAUACCGGAGUCGGACUUUGUCGUUUUUCUUUGCUAUCCCAGCGUGAUGAAUUUGGAUGACCUAACCAGGAGAUCUAUCUUUUCUUUUUUUGCCCUUUUUCCACGCCAUCGAUCAUCCAGACUCGACGCCACCAGAGAUCUCGUGCUGAUGUCGGAGCAAUUCGAGGCUGAUUACAAAUUAACGAGGAACUUGGAAUUGCUUACCGAUAAGUUGCAGCAGACGUAUCGCGAGCUCGACGGCGAGAAGCAGAAAACGGACAGGUUGCUGUACUCGGUGCUGCCGAUAUCCGUGGCGAACGAGCUACGGCAUUCCAGGCCGGUCCCAGCGAAGAAGUACGACUGCGUGACCCUGUUGUUCUCUGGUAUCGUCGGUUUCGGGGCCUACUGCGCCGCUCACACGGACUCCAGCGGCGCAAUGAAGAUCGUCAACAUGCUCAAUCAACUGUACACCGCGUUCGACGUGUUGACCGACCCGAAGAAGAACCCGAACGUGUACAAGGUCGAAACUGUUGGUGACAAAUACAUGGCCGUGAGCGGAUUACCGGAACCAUGUCGUUGCCAUGCACGGUGUAUCGCUCGGCUGGCGCUGGAUAUGAUGGAUCUUGCUGCGGACGAAGUGCAGAUCGAUGGCGAGCCAGUGAAAAUCACCAUUGGGAUCCAUAGCGGAGAGGUCGUAACUGGAGUAAUUGGCCACCGUAUGCCUCGUUACUGCCUGUUUGGGAACACGGUGAAUCUCACCAGCCGAACCGAGACCACCGGCGAGCCCGGAAAAAUAAACGUUUCGGAGGAUGCGUACAGGUAA